CAUUGGCCAUUUAAAAUUAUUGAAAAGAACGGUAAACCAUAUAUCCAAGUCGAAUUUAAAAAUGAAACUAAACUAUUUGCACCUGAAGAAAUUUCGUCUAUGGUUUUGGUUAAGAUGAAGGAGACUGCCGAAGCCUUUCUUGGUACAAAAGUUACAAAUGCAGUUAUUACAGUUCCUGCAUGUUUCAAUAAUUCACAACGUCAAGCUACGAAAAAUGCCGGUACGAUUGCUGGAUUAAAUGUUCUCCGUAUCAUUAACGAAUCUACGGCCGCGGCUAUCGCUUACGGUUUAGAUAAGAAGGCUGCUGGUGAACGAAAUGUGUUGAUUUUUGAUUUCGGUGGUGGUCUUUUUAAUGUGUCUCUUUUAACCAUUGAAGAAGAACUUUUCGAAGUCAAAGCUACUGCAGGUGAUGCGCACCUUGGUGGUGAAGACUUUGAUAAUCGUCUUUUUAAUCACUUUGUUCAAGAAUUUAAGCGAAAAUUCAAGAAGGAUCUUACUACAAAUGCUCGAGCUUUACGUCGUCUACGAACUGUUUGUGAACGUGCAAAGCGUACUUUAUCUGCAUCAUCUCAAACUUCAAUAGAAAUAGAUUCACUUUUCGAGGGUAUAGACUUUUACACUUCCUUAACUCGUGCUCGAUUUGAGGAACUAAAUCAAGAUUUGUUCCGAUCUACAAUGGAACCGGUUGAGAAAGUUCUCCGAUACGCUAAAAUUGAUAAAUCUCAAGUUCAUGAAAUUGUUUUAGUUGGUGGUUCUACUCGUAUUCCUAGAAUACAAAAAAUGGUAUCAGACUUCUUUAAUGGCAAGAAGCUCAACAAAUCCAUUAACCCUGAUGAAGCUGUCGCUUACGGUGCUGCUAUACAAGCUGCAAUCUUGACUGGUGAUACAUCAGAAAAAAUUCAAGACUUGUUAUUACUUGACGGUUUACCAUUUACUCUCGGUAUUGAAACUGCAGGAGGUGUUAUGACGCCACUUAUUAAACGAAACGCCUUGGUUCCCACUAAAAUAUCAGAGAUAUUCUCUACACAAUUUGAUAACCAACCAAGUGUACUUAUCCAAGUGUAUGAAGGUGAACGUGCUCGUACAAAGGAUAAUAAUUUGCUUGGUAAAUUCAAAUUUACCGGUAUUCCGCCUGCACCUCGGGGUGUACCUCAAAUUGAAGUUACUUUUGAUGUUGACGCAAAUAAUAUUUUUAAC